AUGAAAAAGCAGAGGAUCUAGGGUUCCAAUCUUGAAUUCUCUCGGACUUAUCCUCACUGUCACUCCCUCCCUUCUGCAUUCUUUUCCAUUUUUCUCCCUCUUAUCAGUCAAGCUCAAUGAAGGGACAAUCAACUAAAACUUAAUUGUCAAUUAGGGUUUUUAUUAAGGAUUGUGCGGCAAUGGAAAUUGGGCGAUUGGAUUGCUAAAAAGCGAUUGGAGUUAUAAGAAACACCAAUCUAUUUAUUUGGGAAUAGAAACGAAUCGAAUCGAACUUAUUUGAUUUGUUAAUAUGAGAGGAUUGCAGAAAUCAAAAAGGGUUUCAUGGGCUACUGAAGUUAAUCUAUGUCAGGUAAGGAUGUUUUUGUCAGAAGAAUCUCCUUCACAGGUUGGAAUGGGAGCCCGAGAACAUCUCCAGGCAAAGGCAGGGCCGUUACAUGCAGGUGGCAUGGGGUCCGAAAACAACUUGCCCCCAGGCUUUGAGUUAAGCCAACCUGCAAAUCAUUGGGCAGUGAAGCUAUCUCAUAUAUCUCUAGUGAAAUGGAAGUGUCCUCCAAGGAUUGGUGUAGAUAGCUCUUGGCAAGUUGUUGCUGGGGAGGAAAGCAGAGAAAUAGAAACCCAGAAUCAACGAGAAAUGAGAGUGCUAGAAGCAAUAUAUCCACGCCCAUCAGCCAUUCCUUUAAACCCUUCUGCAUUAGUCGGUGCAGAAGACUCAACUAACAACGGCCAAUGCACUCCUGUGGUUCCCAUCACAACAAUUGAAGACGAGGAUGCUUCCAUGGAUACAUCGUAUGACUCCAUGAGAUCAAACGUAACUCCCAUGAUCACCCAGCAACAGCAAUCGCCUCAUGGGGCAUUUUUAUCCCAGGCCAAUGCUACUUCAAAACCUCCCGAUAUUGUCGCAGCUGCACAAGCUGCCCUGUCAUCAUUCAUGCCGAAUAGUGAUCAGGGGAACCUGAUAGACCGUGAACUGCUCAUGAAACUUCUCAGUGACCCGAAAAUGAUCGAGCAACUGAUUUCAAACCAUGCUGCAUCUUCCAGCGGACAAAAUGUUGCAUCAUCUAGUGUGCAGAGCAUGCCAUCCUCAUCCACCUACCAUGGUAUGCCAACUAUUGGAACCAAAAGUGUUGCAUCGUGUAGUUCGCCUGGAAUGCCGUCAACCAGUGCACAGUAUAUCCCCAAUUUGGUUUCGACUCCUAAGAGUUCUUUUGAUUCAGCUAAUAUGGCUGUCCAUAGGAGAGAGCCACUCUCUGGCCGUGUUACAAGACCAGAAAUGGCUGUUCAUUCGUCUAUUUCUGCAGCAUCCGGACCUUAUCAUCAUCCUAGUAGGACAGGAUCCAUCCCCCAUCUACGACCAUCAGUACCCGAUGUCGUAUCCACGCCCCCUCCAUCAGUAGCGGCUCCUGUAGCAAAGGAUAUCAACUAUUAUAAGAGCCUCAUUCAGCAACAUGGAGGGGAGAGAAGAGAGACUAUGCCCCAGUUUGCUCAUCAAAGCAACCAAGGGCCGGGGAUGGGUCAAGAACCUCUGAGUAACACGAUGAUGAGACCAAGGGACACGAAGCCAAGGAUAAUGAAGCCUUGCCUCUAUUUCAACAGUCCGAGGGGUUGCAGGAAUGGGGUGAACUGCGCCUUUCAGCACGAUGUAACAUCACAGCCGAAAGGCAAUAGUAUUCCGGAUGUUCAAGGUACUAAGAGAAUGAAACUGGACAGGGAAAUUACUGGAGCAUGAUUUUGUGUAAAUCUUUGUUACUGGGAUGGUUAGUUUCUCACCUCUCUAUGUUCUUUUUUGCUGAGGGCCAAUUGAUAUUUGUUACUUAUGAUGUUUUGUCCCCAAUUUUGAAGUUUUGGAUAAGAAGCUGCAUUUCUUUCUCCAUUAGUUUUUGACAUGAUUGAACUGUUUUGAUGAUUCAAUAUGAAUGUUCUUACAAUGUUAGCAUA